UCACUCCUGUCAGCCUAGAGUUCUGGCUUCCCAGGCAAGAUGAAGGUGCUCCUGAUUCUGGGGAUGCUGCUUCUUUCCAACACCAUCCAGGGCAAGGUCUUUGAGAGGUGUGAGCUGGCCAAAACUCUGAAAAAAUUUGGAAUGGAUGGCUACAAGGGAAUCAGCUUGCCUAACUGGAUGUGCUUGGCCAAAUGGGAAAGCAGUUACAACACAAAGGCUACAAACUACAACCCUGGAGACAAAAGCACUGAUUAUGGGAUAUUUCAGAUCAACAGCCGCUACUGGUGUAACGAUGGGAAAACCCCGAAAUCAGUUAAUGCCUGCCAUAUCCCCUGCAGCGCUUUGCUGCAAGAUGACAUCUCUCAAGCUGUAACCUGUGCAAAGAGGGUUGUCAGUGAUCCGCAAGGCAUCAGGGCAUGGGUGGCAUGGAGAAACCAUUGUCAAAACCGAGAUCUCUCUGAGUAUACUCGGGGCUGUGGAGUGUAACUGUGGAAUUUUCUUCUUCUGCUCAUCUUGUCUCUUUCUCAGCUUCAGGGAGUGGUAAAGUCGCCAGCAUCGCUUCCCCUUCAAACACAGUCUCACUGUUCCAGAGGCAAGAGCAAAGCAGCGCCUCUCCUCCAAGAGCCUGUUCACUAACUUACUUGUUAUUUGACCUUAAAACUACAUAUUUCAGUUUGCUGAUAGCAAACUGGGGAAAAUUCAUCUAAAACUGUAGUUAUCAAAUGUAUUUCUAGUACAUUAAUCUUGAUGAAAGGAAUAACCUGAGUUUAUCUUGAGUAAUACAACUAUUCAUCAAUAUUGAAUUAAAAUAUUAAAAAAGGCUAUCUUUAAACUACUUAGCUUAGACAGAACUGCAAAGUCAAUGUGGGCCUUGGCUGCCUUCUGUCCAGGAUGGCGUCUCCAAUGCAGGAAAAAUAAGCUCUCUUGGUUGGCAAUAGACAGUUGUUAAAGGAGCAGUUAUUCAAUUCUUAAAAAAUGGAGACUGAGUUAAGAAUUUUGCUUUCAUAAUGGAUGUGACCUCUAGUUUAAAGAUUUUCUUAGACAGCUUUCAUUUACACAUCCUUAAAAUAGAAACAUGAUUUAUAUGCGCUGCAGCCCAUUAAGUAACACUUAGGUGCUUAUUGCUAAUUGUGAAGGAGGGAGUAGAUGAGCUUUUACUGUUUCUUAAUUUUAUUAAUUUAGAGUUGUGCAUUAUGAUUAAUUCUAAGACAGGAUGAGCCCAGGGGUGUUGAAAUGAUUGCUAGUUAACCACAGGUGUGAAACUAUGCAUGUUGCAAAAAACACAUUAUUAUUAAAGGCUUUGCAAUGAA